GCGACAGCAUUUUGGCCGACGACUUUGGAUUUAAUCUGCCCCCUGGAGGCGGAAUUGUUUUAAGAGAGCGCAACACAGCGAUAAUGAGCCAACAACGUCGCUACUUGGUUAAGCAACUCAUCAAGUCGGCCAAUGUGGUUUUGGUGGGACUGUUGGUCUACAACUUGUGGCGUCACAAAUGGACCAAAGUGAAUUUCAAUCAGCAUCGGUUUUGAUUGAUUUUAGCUAUUCCCCAGGCAAUUUCUGUGUGUAUGUGUGCUCGCUGAUUGAUUGAUUGCUUAAUUAAUGAAUCGAACAUCAGCUUAAAUGUCAUUAACAGUUGGCCAGGAUUAACGACUCCUGAAUGUGGCCGAUGGGAUUUGCAAAUUUAAUUUCCUCUAACAGUGGAACUGUCAAGUGGUGAGAAAAGUUCGGAGGGAAAU